UUUUCCUAUGAGUGAAACAGAGACUACGUAUGGCAUAUGGGAUCGGUGGGGUGGAUGGUUGCUAGUUGUUUCGUGGCAGGAAGGAUGGAUGUAUUACCAGUUGUUUUCUAGCAAGUGGGGUGAAUGUGUCUCCAGAUGUUUUGUGGCAGGAGGAAUGGAUGUGCUGCCAGUUGCUUCGUGG